CACAGCUCCAAUUCUUACGCAACAGGUCAAGUUCCGACGAUGUCGCCUUCUGUAUCGCACCACUAUUGAUAGUUUUACAACGACCCUCAUGAUGGAACAGACUUCAUGGUGUAGAUCGGCCAAAUCGGCGGUUUUGGGCGAGGCUCUCUCUAGAAUGCGCCCGCGGGGGUGUCCAAGUCCAACAUCCAGCACGCCGCCAAACUGAACAACGAACGAGCUCAUGUGGAACUUAGCUUUGAGGACUCAAGAAAUAGCAGGAAUACGCCAUGCUGCACCUGUCAUCGAGACUUCGCAGGCCCCCGAGAAAGCUGGACCAAAGACUGCACGGUGCUACCAUAAGAAGUUCAAAGAGUUGGGUCUCGCACUGUCCAAAGCCGCAAGUGCACCUGUUCGGAUCCCUUCGUGUUAUGUCUCACGGUUGAAGGAGAAGGCAGCUAUGUUGGAUUUCUAUGACGUGAAGCAUCAACGCCCUAUCGGUGAGCAGAUUGCUGCGAAGGCUUUCGUGAUACGGCCCAAGAAGAUUGGGUUGGCAGUCAUCAAUUUCCGUCAAGGUAAUGACGACUCAGAGAACGUGAGACUGUAUCGCGCAAUGGAAUGGACUGUGGGAAGAUGCACUCGAAGCACAUGUAGAAAGAAGAACACUUUCAUUUCCAUGACUUCCAUACGAAUGUGCAGAUUGACCGGGGCGAUGGUGUUGAGCGCUUUGGCAACUGGGGUUGUGAUUACGACGUCGGCCGAGUCAUCUCACAUCUAGACCAUAUUGCUGUAGUGACAAGGACACCGAGGAUGAAAGAUCGAAAGGCAACGUUCUAUGAAGCUGCAACUGUUCCCAACUUGGAAGUUAAUAAUAUCGUUAGGCGACUCAUGUGAAGCUGCUAUAUGUCCUAGUCAUGAACAUCCUCGGCUGUGAUAUCGUCGCAUGGUUGCUCAACCGAAUGGGCAGUCGCUCCGAUAUUUCGGAUGGUUCUGGGAGAUGCGCAUGAAUUCCCCGUAUGAAGAUGCUAAGUUUAGCACUCUCGGGCCAGCGCGGUC